AUGGGUUCCAAUUACACGGAGCCGUUGAACAACCUCCCCUCCACCUCCCCCCUUCUUGUUCCCAAAAUCGAGCCCAAACUCGAACCUUUCGACGAUUCCUCCCCAUCUCCGCCUCCAUUCCACCAUCUCUCCACACCCUCUCCCUCCGCCGCCACCUCCAGCACGCCGCUGCUAUCAUGCGAUUUCGGCCGCCUCUCUGAAAUGUUCCGCUCCGCUACCGGCCGCGAAACCGAUUACCUCGCCGGCGACCAAGCCCCGCCCGAGCUCGACUCGAACCCGCUUGCCAUCGUCUCCGUCCCUGACGGACCAGGGCCCCACCUCUCGAGCGUCGUCUUCUCGCCUCGCGGCGUCAGGAAGUACCCGAUCCGCUCUUCCGAACUGGUCCGGGUCACGGAUCUGAAGCCCGAGGACACCCUUUUCUUCCGCGGGUCGAUCCGGAGGGCCCGUAUGGUUUUCGACUCCCUCCGCGCGUUCGCCGUGGCCGAGGACGAGAAGCGCCGGGAGGUGAUCCCCAAUCGUCGAACAAGGGCAGACCUCAAAGCGGCCGCGGUCAUGAGGGAGCGCGGGCUGUGGCUGAACCGGGACAAGCGGGUCGUGGGCGAGAUUCCCGGGGUCGAGAUUGGGGACGUCUUCUUUUUUCGGAUGGAGAUGUGUGUCCUGGGCCUCCACGGCCAGGCCCAGGCCGGAAUUGACUACGUCCCCAUCAGCCAGAGCUUGAACGGCGAGCCAAUUGCUACCAGCAUUAUAGUCUCUGGAGGUUAUGAAGACGAUGAGGAUGCUGGCGAUGUAAUAGUGUAUACUGGUCACGGUGGGCAGGACAAGAAUGGCAGGCAGGUCGAGCACCAGAGGCUGGAGUGUGGUAACCUGGCCCUGGAGAGGAGCAUGCAUUACGGGAUUGAGGUACGAGUAAUCCGCGGAUUUAAGUACGAAGGCAGUGUGAGCGGCAAGGUCUAUGUGUAUGACGGGCUAUACAAAGUUGUCGAGACCUGGUUCGACGUGGGCAAGUCAGGCUACGGUGUCUACAAGUUCCGGCUCGUGAGGAUUGAAAAUCAAGAGGAGAUGGGGAGUUUGGUGAUGAAGUUUGCUAUGAGCUUGAAGACACGCCCCCUCGAGGCCCGACCCGCGGGAUAUGUGUCUCUUGACCUCUCGGGCAAGAAGGAGAACUUCCCGGUGCUCUUUUUCAACGACGUUGACUCUAAUCAGGAUCCUGUCUAUUAUGAGUACCUCAUGAGUUCUGUUUUCCCUCCCUUCGUGUACGGCACGGGAAGUGGGAUCGGGUGUGAAUGUGUCGGGGGCUGUUCGGAUGGCUGCCUUUGCUUGGUGAGGAAUGGCGGCGAGUUUGCAUACGACUUGAAUGGGACUCUGGUGCGGGGAAAGCCACUGAUUUUUGAGUGUGGGCACAACUGCCGCUGCCCCCCAACAUGCCGUAACAGGGUGACCCAAAAGGGGGUGCGGAAUAGGUUUGAGGUCUUCCGAUCGAGGGAGACAGACUGGGGAGUGAGGUCUUUGGACUUAAUCCCAGCAGGCUCCUUCAUCUGUGAGUACUCUGGUGUGGUUCUCACCCGGGAGCAGGCCCAAGUGCUGACGAUGAACGGGGACAGCCUGAUAUACCCGGGUCGUUUUGGUGAGCGGUGGAGAGAGUGGGGGAAUCUUUCGGAGGUCUUUGCCGAUUUUGUGCCCCCUUCCUAUCCUAUGGUGCCCCCGCUGGACUUCGCCAUGGACGUGUCGAGGAUGAGGAACCUGGCCUGCUACAUGAGCAACAGCACGAGCCCGAAUGUGUUUGUGCAGCUAGUUUUGUACGACCACAGCAAUGUGUCCUUCCCCCGCAUCAUGCUGUUUGCCAUGGAGAAUAUACCGCCCAUGAGGGAGCUGAGCCUUGACUAUGGGGUGCCCAGCGAGUUGACAGGGAAGCUUGCUAUUUGUAACUAG